ACGCUGCUUUAACACUGGUCACACUGAUCGUCCAGGUUCCACGUCAAGCGCCGGAAAAAAAACACGACUUGCAUUUAAUUAAUUUAUCUGGCGACCGGACGAACGGAUUUCUAGCAAGAUGGUGAGCCUGCUGCAGGAGAUCGACACCGAGCACGAGGACAUGGUCCACCAUGCAGCGCUGGACUUCUACGGACUGCUUUUGGCCACCUGCUCCUCGGACGGCAGCGUCCGCAUCUUCCAUUCGCGCAAGAACAACAAGGCGCUGGCAGAACUCAAAGGCCACCAGGGACCUGUGUGGCAGGUUGCAUGGGCGCAUCCGAAGUUUGGUAACAUACUCGCCUCGUGCUCCUAUGACCGCAAGGUGAUUGUCUGGAAAUCGACAUCGCCCCGAGAUUGGACUAAGCUCUAUGAAUACAGCAACCACGACUCGUCGGUGAACUCUGUGGAUUUCGCCCCAUCGGAGUACGGAUUAGUUCUGGCCUGCGCAAGCUCGGAUGGCUCCAUUUCGGUGCUUACCUGCAAUACGGAGUACGGUGUGUGGGAUGCCAAGAAGAUACCUAAUGCCCACACCAUCGGAGUAAAUGCCAUAUCCUGGUGUCCGGCCCAGGCACCAGAUCCAGCAUUUGACCAGCGGGUUACAUCGCGGUCGACGGCCGUGAAACGUCUGGUUAGCGGUGGAUGCGAUAAUCUGGUAAAGAUCUGGCGCGAGGACAACGACCGCUGGGUUGAAGAGCAGCGCCUGGAGGCGCACUCCGAUUGGGUGCGUGAUGUGGCCUGGGCGCCGUCGAUCGGUCUGCCCAGGUCGCAGAUUGCCACAGCUUCACAAGAUCGCCAUGUGAUCGUGUGGAGCAGCAACUCAGAUCUGACACAAUGGACUUCAAGUGUGCUGCACACAUUCGAUGAUGCCGUUUGGAGCAUUUCCUGGUCCACCACUGGCAACAUACUGGCCGUCACUGGUGGCGAUAAUAAUGUCACAUUAUGGAAGGAGAACACCGAAGGCCAAUGGAUCCGUAUUAACUAUGAAUCAGGAACUGCCAUCCAGUCGAAGCAGCCUUCACACCUUUCCCAUCCUCAUUCUCAGCAGCAACAGGCGCCACAACAGCAUCAACAGCAGGCGCCAUCGCAUCCGGGUCCAUCCUCCGACUCGGAGCACAGCUCGAACCUGUCAAACUCGCAACUCUCCAACUAAGGAAACCUUAAAGAAAUAUUCGUGCUGAAGUCGUGGUCAAAAGUGUUAUCUUACAAAUAAAUAAAUAUACAAAAUACA